CAGCCCAACGAAUGACGUCAGGUUGGUCUUUGGUCAGGUUGUUCAUGGCGUACAGGGCAUAGUGUUGUGAAUUAUUGACUUUGUUCAAGUUUCGAGUGAUUUCGGGAUAAAUAGAAGUUGUUAUGAAAAUCAUGGCGUAUUACUUGAUCCUUGUUGUCGGGCUUGUUGUUUGUUUUAUGACAGGUACAAACGCAGUCCGUUGUUACCAAUGCAGUAGUGACGCAGACGCUGAUGGUGAAGAUCUCUGUGGCGCCUACCGAAGAUUCGACAAGACUAAAAACAUAGCAAUUGACUGUAAUGACGAGGACUCCCACAUGCCCGGCACAUUUUGCGUCAAGGAGGUUCGCCAGGGUCUCCGUGGCUACGUUUGGGAUGGACGUUGGCGUCAAGUAAUACGCAGAUGUGCAUCAGUAGCUAGUACUGGGGUAACCGGAGUAUGCAAUUGGGGAGUUUAUGACAACGGUGUAUAUUGGGAGGAAUGCUACUGCUCCGACGACUCGUGCAAUGCUGCCGCAAUAAUUUCAUCAAAUUUUAUUCUGCUAGUUUUAUUGUUCGUUCUACCAUCGAUAUACAUGUUCACGUAGGAGAUUGAAUAAGAAUUCCAUCGUUGAAUAUAUUCCAAAAAGAAGAGAAGGGGGAGAAGGAUGAGUGGAUGGAGAGAAGAAUACGGGAGUUAUUUCCCAAUAAUUGAUACGAUUUUCCGUGAGAAAUAAUUGAACAUUUGAUUUCUGCUAAACUUCUCCCCGGCAUACACUGAGAAAAAUAGUUGUUUGAGAAGUACGUCUCUACUUGUAUGAAGAAACUCAUUGCUUGAAAAUCACCAAGAAAAGAAUAUCUUACACUAAGGAAAAAAAACUUUUGUUAAGAGAUUUUGUGCUUGGCCGAAAAAUAAGGAGAAAUUGGUCCACAACAAUAAAGCGAAUCACCGAAACACGGCAAGUGGUUUUUGCAUGAGAAUAUUUUGUAUUUGAGACUAAAAAACUAUUGUGUAAAUUGAUUAAACAAGCCUUGCUUUUAGAAAUCACUUUCUUGACAAGUUUUUUCUCAGUAUAAGAUAUUUUUUUGUUAACAAUGUUUGAACCCUGAAUUUCGUGAUACAAAUAAAGACGUACUUCUGAAAAAACUUUUUCAGUGUAACGGUUAUCAAUUCGGUUUAAUUGAAGUUAUUUUUCUUUCUUUUGAAAUCACUCCAUUUGGGAAAUUAUGCGCCUUGCAGCGCUUCACUCUCCCGUCACGCGGAUCGAUCUAUGAAGUCUGGAAAUGAAAAUUGUUCUAUUUCAUAUAUUUCAAGUAAUUUUUUAAAAAUCAAAGUUCCCUUUUCUAGGCCUCCUACACACUUCAAAAUUAUAUAUCAUAUUUUUAGAGUUUUUCUAGAGCUUAAACAAUGUUAUUGCAAACAACUUUUUAAAUGUAGAUUAAUUGCAUGAAGACUUCUUGAUUCCCAUAGAAACUUAUUUCCUGUAACUCGACCGCUCGGAGACUCCGUACUAAAAAGCGAGUUGCGUUCAUCCUAGGCGGGAAGCAUGAUUCACUCUUUGAUCAGCAUCAUUUAAUUCAAUUUUUUUCAAGGAAUGUUAAAUUAUUAUAAUGGUUGACAUUCAUAAAACCUCAACUCAAGUUUAACUCUUAAACUUGAUCAUUAGAUCCGUCAGCAUGAAUACAAUGCCUCCCAACGGCGUUAAACAAUGCUAAAUAUUAUUGAAAACGUUGGAAACUUCUAAAGUAACUUCAAGAAUCAUUUAAUUUCUUUAUUUUAUUCAUUCAACAUUAAUAUCACCAAAAACUCCAGUAUUCUUCUCCCGCCAGCGAAGAAAAAAAUCUAUGGUGGGAAGCUACCAAGAAUUGAAAUAUAACAAUUGAAGUAUAAGAGUCUUGGUGUGUCCUCAUUGUUCAAAGAACAAUUGUUCUCAUUGUUCGAAGAAUAAUGAGAAGGGGAGAUUGAACUCAUGAAAUAUCUGAAGAGUAACGAUGCAAUACAGACAGAGAUUUGAAGGGGUCCCCUCAGUAGGGCAAAACGGCGAUGGGCGUGCGGGUGAGUGGAUCGUAAAAUGGUUAAAUUAGUGAAAUUAUUUUCGAGAGAGAUGAAAUAUCAAACAUGGCGUACGUUGAAUAGUGAGACAUCACGCCUAUUAUUUUUAUCGUUAAUUUAUUUAACAAAUUAGCCGCAAAACUCGAUGAGACUGCAUUCCCUUAUUUUUGAGAGUUUAAUAUAGAUAAUUAUAGCUUCCUUUGUUGUCUAGCACAUUGUCGUUUUGUAGCGAAAAUUACUGAGAAAAGACCCCUUAAAGCUUCGCCCGAAUAGUUAAAUGCAUGGAGACGGAGCUUUAAGGGCCAGUUUUUGGUUAACUUAACCAGCGUUAAAACCUCGAUUAAAGUGAAGGCUAAGAUCUCUGAUUGGUUGAACUCGGUGGUGGGGGGGCUCUUAAUCGUGGUUAACUUAACCAGCGUUAAAACCUCGGUUAAAGUGAAGAUUAAGAUCUCUGAUUGGUUGAACUCUGUGGUGGGGGGGCUUUUAACCGUGGUUAACUUAACCAAAAAACUGGCCCUGAGACAGUUUCAAAUCCUUUUCCCUUCGGUCAUCUUUUACAUUCAAUGGAAUCAUCUUUUACAACCCCGCGAUCAAAUGUAUAUAAUUAAAUCCAAGUACUAGGUUAAAUUAAGUAUUUUUUCAAUGAAACCGUCCAUUUUUAUAGACUUUGUUUUAAGGAGAAAUUUUGAUAACGAUCUAUUAUUGUACUCUUUUCGUAAACGUUUUUAUGAUUUUCGGGCAAAUGGUAAAGAAAGAGAUCCCUUUAAACUUUCGAAUUGAAUGUAAGACAAACAAAUGACUUUUUCUUUAGUUCGUAAAAUUGUUGAUAGAAGAGGUCUUUUGAAGUUUAUUGAACCCAGUGGUUUCAGAGAUAUUGUAGGAGUGAGAGAUCAAUUCAAUAAGAGUAGUUUGCUACAUAGAUCCAGAAACCCAGUACAGAUUAAUUCUCAAAUAUCGGCAAAACUAGUGGGUUUAUAGAGAAACGUCAAAUGACCUUAUUUGUAGUUGACAAUAUGCUCUACGAGAAAAAUUUUCUAAUAAAUCUCCUAAACCCGUUUUUCUUCGAGAUAGCGAUCCUUUGACCAUUUCUCUAACAGAAUAAUUGAUUGAUCCACUCGUUAGGGAUCAUUUAUUAUUUGGAAUGCUGAAAUAUUAGUGAUUUCAUGCAGCUUCCGCCGAAUCCCAUUUUUUAACUAUUGAGUAACAAAUGUUAAGUACAUAAGUUAGUACAAAUAUAGUAAUACUGCAGUAUAAAAGAUUUAACUGCCUUGAGUGCAAACUUCAUUACAAUUUUAUAAAUGAAAGUGGAAUAAAUUUUUACAAAUAACACGUUGUUUGUACAAUAUUAA